AUGAGGAUCUCAGCAGGUCUGGUGACUUCAGUCCUCUGCUGCCUGUGUGUCGCUCUGGUUCAGGGCAGUGAGCAGAACGGUGGAAAUGAGGUCCCACAGCAGGAGGACCACCAAGCAGAGGUGGGCCUGAUGAAAGAGCUUCCCAAAAAGGAGCAGUCAGCUUGUACAGCCAACAUAGCAAACAGUCAUCAAACCUGUGAGCUCUUCACUAUCCUGAGAGAACUGGAGAUCAGACUGCAAAACAGUGAAAGACAGGUGGAGGAGCUGCGGAGGCAGGAACAGCGCAACUGGGUGGCAUUUGGAGCAACAAUUGGCAAUGUUGGAAACAUCGGACCUUUCAACACUGAGAUUACACUCACCUAUAAGACAGUCUUCACCAACAGUGGGGCUUACAACCCUCAUACAGGUAUUUUUACAGCUCCAGUAAAAGGAGUCUAUUACUUCAGCUUCUCAGGCCAUAAUAUAUCUAGCAGAUCAAUGGGGCUGCAACUGAGGAAGAAUGGAGGGCUCGUGGCGACCGUGUACAACCAUGCAGCUGGAAACCGACAUGAAACUGCAACCAACGGCAUGACUCUACAGCUUGAGGUGGGAGACCAGGUGUACAUGAGACUUAUGACAAACACCUGGAUUUUCGAUAACGGUAAUCUUCACAGUACCUUCACUGGCUUUUUGUUAUAUGCUCUGUAA